AUGGAUAAUCAAAAUUGGAAAAAAUUAUCAGAUGAAUUAAGACGUAGAGCCGAAAAUGCUACUCGUACUUCUUCAAGAGGUCCUAAAUCUCCCCUUCAUUUAUUUGGUGGAAUUGGUGGUAUUUUAUUAUUAGGAGGAGUUGCUUUGUUUGCUCAAAAUGCUUUAUUUAAUGUAGAUGGUGGGCAAAGAGGUAUAUUAUAUUCAAGAAUAGGUGGAAUUCAACAAAAAAUUUUCCCUGAGGGAACUCAUUUUGUAAUUCCAUGGUUUCAAAGACCUAUUAUUUUCGAUAUUAGAGCAAAACCAAAAGAAAUUGCUUCUUUAACAGGUACAAAAGAUUUACAAAUGGUUAAUAUAACAUGUAGAGUAUUAUAUAAACCUGAUGUUUUUCAAUUACCUACAGUUUAUAGAACUUUAGGUGUUAAAUAUGAAGAAAAAGUUUUACCUUCUAUAAUUAAUGAAGUUUUAAAAUCAGUUGUUGCACAAUUUAAUGCAUCACAAUUAAUAACUCAACGUGAAAAAGUUUCAAGAUUAGUUAAAGAAAAUUUAGUUCGUAGAGCUAAUAAAUUUAAUAUUCAAUUAGAUGAUGUUUCAUUAACUUAUAUGACUUUUUCACCAGAAUUCAGUCAAGCUGUCGAAGCUAAACAAAUUGCUCAACAAGAUGCUCAAAGAGCUGCAUUUAUUGUAGAUAAAGCAAUUCAAGAAAAACAAAGAUUAGUUGUAAGAGCUCAAGGUGAAGCUAAAAGUGCUGAAUUGAUUGGUGAAGCGAUAAAGAAAUCAAAAGAUUAUGUUGAAUUGAAAAGAUUAGAUACUGCAAGAGAAAUUGCAAAUAUUUUAGCUUCUUCUCCAAAUAGGAUUAUAUUAGAUAAUGAUACUUUAUUAUUGAAUACAGUUACUGAUUCAAGAAAAUAA